AAUUCUGCUAAAAAUGUUUAAAGAAUUGUCUUUACUUUUCGCCGGUUUUCCGGUUGCUAUAAUACUUUAUAAUAAUUAUAAAUAUAGAAAACUAACAGAGAAGUUGAAAGUGGAAGAUAGCUAUAAUUACGAGUGCAUGUUCAUAACAUCCAAAAAUCGCACUUGUGCAUCUCAUAUAAGAAGAAAAAACCAAUGUGGGCAAGAAUGUUCUUACAAAUAUUUAAGACAUGUUUUAAAUCUGAUAAAACAGGCAAAAGAAACAAUUUCAAUAUGCAUGUACCAUCUUACACUUGAAGAAAUUUCAACAGCUCUAAUAAAAGCUAAAAAUCGAGGUGUAAAGGUGAGAUGUAUAAGUGAUAUAAUUAUGAUGGAAUGUUCCAGUUCAAAGAUAAUGCGACUGCACAAGACAGGUAUUCCAGCUAAAGUGCAGAAUACUCAUCAGAGUUUGAUGCAUCACAAAUUCAUGAUAAUUGAUGCAGACAAUCCAAAUAAUAAGCAGCUUAUGUUUGGAUCUUUAAAUCAUACCAUCAAAGGCUUCCUUGGGAAUUGGGAUAAUACCAUCACAACCAACAAUGCUCAGAUGAUUGAAAGUUACCAAGAAGAGUUUGAUAGAAUGUGGGAGACUUUCAAAUUUGUAUGCUAAUAAAAUGCAAGAUCCAGUUCUAUUCUUCCAGAUCUAAAUCAUUUAAUUCAUCAUCAAGGGCAUCUAAAUCUUCUUCCAGGAAGAGGUU